CACUGGGCCUCAGUGUUUACGUGGGGUCAUCAUCAAAACCAAUUCUAUUCUAUUCUAUUCUCUCACACAACGAGAGAGAGACACAAUCACACUCUUCUUGUUUCUCACUUUCACCAAAAACCCUAAAAUUCACAAUCUCCAAACUCAAACCCUACCAUGACUUCAGAACUAGUUAUCCACACAUUCUCUCAACCACAAACUAAUAAACCCUCUACCGCCACCGCUUCCGAUCCCAAUUCACAAAUUUCAACCGUCAAAAGAACUUCCACCACCACCGCCUCUCGAUCCACCAAAGACCGUCACACCAAAGUUAACGGCCGCGGUCGUCGUGUUCGUAUGCCGCCUCUCUGCGCCGCCAGAAUAUUCCAGCUUACGCGUGAACUCGGCCACCGUUCCGACGGCGAGACUAUCGAGUGGCUUCUUAGACAUGCUGAGCCGUCUAUUAUCGCUGCCACCGGGACUGGAACUGUCCCCGCCGCUCCAGUCUCCACCGUGUCACCCGUCUCAUCCUCGUCGGUUCCCUCCGUUUCUUGCCAUGUCCAGCCUGUUUCGUCGGUUGGUCCAGGCGGUCAGGGAAUGUUUGCUGCGGCUAUGUCGCAACCACAGCCGAGCUGUCGUCUUGACCUAUGUCAGCCGCCGGGAAUGGAGUAUGCUGCGGCGAAUGGUUACCGUCACAUGCCGUUUACGGCGUUGUUGUUGCAACCGACGACGGCGGAGGAGAAUCAGCAGGAAGAAGCUCUGAGCGAACAAUGACAUUGUUACGGUUCUGUAUAUUUGUUGAAUAGCAUUGAGAUUUGAGGGUUUCUCUUUUUCUUUUUUCUUUUUAUUUUUCUUAAUUUUAAGGUUAGUUGUUAGGAUGUGUUUGGUUCCGAGGUAGAACAACAACCACAACACAAUUAAAUUAAUUGUGUUUAAUCUGGUUUUUUGUGAUUCGAUUCUCUGAUGGAAAGACCGAUGCGGAAGAGAGUUAUGUAAAUGAUUAGAAACUGAAUGAAUUAUGAUGGAUCGUUUAUAAUUUAUAAAUAUAUACUAGUACAUUAUCAAUAUGUAUAUUUGUA